AUGAAUAUAACUGCGAUUCAAGAAGUGAGAUGGACAAACUCAGGUAGCUUGAAAUCUCAAGGAAAUACAUUAUUAUACAGUGGUGGAGAUAAACAUGAAUACGGGGUAGGUUUCGUAAUAAGGGAUAACGCUGCGACAAAUAUAGUGAGGUUCCAACCAAUAAGUGAUCGGAUAUGCUACAUAGAACUCAAAUGUAAAUGGUACAACAUGUUCCUAAUUAACUGUUAUGCACCGACAGAAGAUAAGAGUGAUGAUAUAAAAAACAAAUUUUAUGAAGACUUAGACUUGGUGUGUAACACCCUACCGAUUGGUAAGCCGAAAAUAAUACUAGGGGACUUCAAUGCGAAGAUUGGAAAGGAAAACAUAUACAAACCAACAAUUGGAUACGAAAGCCUUCACGAAAUUACGAACGACAAUGGAAACAAACUAAUCACUUUUGCCACAACCAAAAAUAUGAUAAUAAGUAACACGUUCUUCCCUCAUAAGAAUAUACACAAACAAACAUUUAUCUCCCCAUGUGGGUUAGUAAGAAAUCAAAUAGAUCACAUGUUAGUGGACAACCGGAUAAAAUUAUGUGUCAAAGAUAUAAGAAGCAUGCGAGAGUGUAGUGCGAUGUCGGACCAUUUCCUCGUGAAAGCGAAAAUCAAACUCAGAAUAUCAACAAAAUGGAGAAAAAAUAAUAAGUACAAAGAAAAAAUUAAUAAGGAUAUACUGAAGACAACAACAGCUGAAGUGCACCAAGAAAAAAUAUCGAUAAAAUUACGAGAUAUACAAGAAAUGGCGAACCUAAAUGAAACCUGGGAAAAGGUAGAGCAAGCAAUCAAAAUAACAGCAAAGAAAGUACUUGGAUAUAUACCAAAAAAAAACAAAGAAAAGAUGGUUUAAUGAUGAAUGUAAAGCUGCUCAAGAGGAAAAAGAAAAAGCAAGAACAAAAGUUUUACAGAACCCUAGUGAAGACAAUAAAAGACUACUAGCACAAAAAUAA